GUGCCCAGUCAGAUGUCAGCAACGCUGAUCCUGGAGCCCCCGGGCCGCUGCUGCUGGAACGAGCCGGUGCGCAUUGCAGUGCGCGGCCUGGCCCCGGAGCAGCGGGUCACGCUCCGCGCGUCCCUGCGCGACGAGAAGGGCGCGCUCUUCUGGGCCCACGCGCGCUACUGCGCCGACGCCCGCGGCGAACUGGACCUGGAGCGCGCGCCCGCGCUGGGCGGCAGCUUCGCGGGACUCGAGCCCAUGGGGCUGCUCUGGGCCCUGGAACCCGAGAAGCCUUUUUGGCGCUUCCUAAAGCGGAACGUAGAAAUUCCCUUUGUCGUGGAGUUGGAGGUGCUGGACGGCCACGACCCCGAGCCUGGACGGCUGCUGUGCCAGGCGUGGCACGAGCGCCUUUUCCUCCCGCCGGGGGUGCGGCGCGAGUCGGUGCGCGCGGGCCGGGUGCGCGCCACGCUCUUCCUGCCGCCAGGACCUGGACCCUUCCCAGGGAUCAUUGACAUCUUUGGUAUUGGAGGGGGCCUGUUGGAAUAUCGAGCCAGCCUCCUUGCUGGCCAUGGCUUUGCUACGUUGGCUCUAGCUUAUUAUAACUUUGAAGAUCUCCCCAAGAACAUGGACAACAUAUCCGUGGAGUACUUCGAAGAAGCCCUAUGCUACAUGCUUCAACAUCCCCAGGUAAAAGGCCCAGGCAUUGGGCUUUUGGGCAUUUCUUUAGGAGCUGAUAUUUGUCUCUCAAUGGCCUCAUUCUUGAAGAAUGUCUCAGCCACAGUUUCCAUCAAUGGAUCUGGGAUCAGUGGGAACAAAGGCAUCAACUAUAAGCACAGUAGCAUUCCACCAUUGGGCUAUGACCUGAGGAGAAUCAAGGUAGCUUUCUCGGGCCUCAUGGACAUCGUGGAUAUAAGGAAUGAUCUCAUAGGAGGGUAUGAGAACUCCAGCAUGAUUCCAGUAGAGAAGGCCCAGGGGCCCAUCCUGCUCAUCGUCGGUCAGGAUGACCAUAACUGGAGGAGUGAGUUGUAUGCCCAAAAAGUCUCUGAACGGUUACAGGCCCAUGGAAAGGAAAAACCCCAGAUCAUCUGUUACCCUGGGACUGGGCAUUACAUCGAGCCUCCUUACUUCCCCCUGUGCCCAGCUUCCUUUCACGAAUUAGUGAACAAACAUGUGAUGUGGGGUGGGGAGCCCAGGGCUCAUUCUAAGGCCCAGGUAGAUGCCUGGAAGCAGAUUCUAGCCUUCUUCUGCAAACACCUGGGAGGUACCCAGAAAACAGCUUUCCCCAAAUUGUAAUGCAUUUGUCUAUUGUUGAUAUGAGAGAUUCAAGAUCAGAUUCUAGUGUUCAGUAACCCUAUGUGAAUCAGCUGUCUCCUGGAUAACAUUAAAGCCAUGUCCUUGUCAUUAAUGGUGUAUUUUACGUAACUUUGUUGAAUAAGCUUUGUCAUUAGUUUUACUAAUGUAACUUGCUUGUUGUAGAAGAUCAAGAGGCAUAUGACACAUAUAAGUGAAAAGCAUUCCCACCAGUUAACAUUUGUGUUUCCUUCUAGAUUUUUUUAGUUAAUGCUUUGAGUCAUAGGUGAGCUUUAAAGCUGGUGACUUUUUCCAUCACUGUGAAAGAAUGGUCACCUAAUGUUUGCUGUUCAACCAUCAGUAGCAGGGUAGAAUUUUCUUUGACCAGAAACACGCAGAGGGAUGUUAAUAUGAGGAGAGGCAGCUGACCUUUUCAUUAUAAAGGUCAGAGAAGAAUCCUUUGACAGGAGAUGAGACCUGUCUCUAGAAUAGUUAAGUCUAUACUCUCUUCCAAGGGUGAAUGACUAUGAUCUAUUUUCCUUCUCACUUCCUGUCUCUAAGAGCAGACCUUGGGGCCGAGUACAGUGGCUCACACCUAUAAUCCCAGUACUUUGGGAAGUCAAAGGGGCAGGAUUUCAUGACCAGCCUAGGCAACAUGGCAAAACCCAAUCCCUACAAAAGUUAGCCAAACAUGGUGCACACCUGUAGUCCCAGCUACUCGAGAGACUGAGGUGGGAGGAUUGCUUGAGCCCAGGAGGUCAAGGUUGGUGCAGUGAGCCGUGAUUGCAUCUCUGUACUCUAGCCUGGGCAACAGAGUGAGACCUUGUUUC